ACACGCGCUUCAACUUAGGUUGGUGUGUGUCGAAGAAACCUGAAGGCGACCAGCAGAGAAGUCCACCGAGCCUCGCGGAAGGUCCGCUGAGCGGCUCCGUCCGCUCUCUGGGCGGCGGAGCACCCAGCAGGUCCCACGCCUGGCCAGGUGUGGGACUCAUCCUCCCUGUCUUCGCAGAGGAGUCCUCGAGUGGUGAGUAUGCGAAACAAGAGGGUUUUGAAAACCAAGAGGAGGAGGGGUGGAAGAGGGGGCCGCAAUCCCGGCCUCCAACCCCAGAGGAGUGAAGCAACACCAACAUCUGGGAGGUCACCUCCCACCCCAAGAGUUCCCAUGGGCCCGGCUGACUGCCCACCACCUCCCCCUCCACCUCCCCCCAACAACAACAACAACAACAACAACAACAACUCCAAACCUAGUGGCCACAAGAGUCCCUGUGUGCCCAACAUGACCGAACGCAGGCGGGAUGAGCUCUCUGAAGAGAUCAACAACUUGAGAGAGAAGGUCAUCCGGCAGUCCAAGGAGAACAGCAACCUCCAGAACCAGGUGCAGAAACUCACAGAGGAGAACAGCACUCUCCGCGAGCAGGUGGAACCUACCCCUCAGGAUAACCAGGAUGACAUUGAGCUGCAAGGUGCUGCAGCAGCUGCUGUCCCGUCGUCCACCCCAACUGAAGAAGAGUGCCCAGAAGACUUUCCUGACAAGUUUGACGGCAACCCAGACACGCUGUCUCCUUUCAUGUCCCAGUGCCAGAUCUUCAUGGAGAAGGGCACCAGAGAUUUCUCAGUUGAUCGUAUCCGUGUCUGCUUUGUGACAAGCAUGUUGACCGGUCGUGCUGCCCGCUGGGCUUCUGCAAAGCUGGAGCGAUCCAACCAUCUGAUGCACAAUUAUCCAGCCUUCAUGAUGGAAAUGAAGCAUGUCUUCGAAGACCCCCAGAGGCGUGAGGCUGCCAAACGCAAGAUCAGACGUCUGCGCCAGGGAAUGGGGUCUGUCAUUGACUAUUCCAACGCUUUCCAGAUGAUUGCCCAGGACCUCGAUUGGAAUGAGCCUGCGCUGAUUGACCAGUACCACGAGGGCCUCAGUGACCACAUUCAGGAGGAGCUGUCUCACCUCGAGGUUGCCAAGUCCCUGUCCGCCCUGAUCGGCCAGUGCAUUCACAUUGAGAGGAGGCUGGCCAGAGCCGCUGCUGCCCGCAAGCCCCGCUCCCCUCCCCGGGCACUGGUCCUGUCCCACCAGCACCAGGUCGAUCCCACCGAGCCCAUUGGAGGCGCCCGCAUGCGCCUCACCCAGGAGGAGAAGGAAAGGCGCCGCAAGCUCAACCUCUGCCUCUACUGUGGAAAUGGAGGGCACUACGCCGACAACUGUCCUGCCAAGGCGUCCAAGUCUUCACCGGCGGGAAACUCCCCGGCCCCGCUGUAGAGGGACCAUCAGCGACCGGGCCAGAAAUCAUUAGGUCCCAAGAUGAUUCUCUGUCACCACAUUUACAAGUAAUGCUCCAGAUCCAUCUCCCAGGCAGACACACCCUGUUUGUCAGAGCCAUGGUCGAUUCGGGUGCUUCUGGCAACUUCAUCGAUCAUGAAUAUGUUGCCCAAAACAGAAUUCCCCUGCGAGUCAAGGACUGGCCAAUACUUGUGGAAGCAAUUGAUGGGCGCCCCAUAGCAUCAGGCCCAAUUGUCCAUGAAACUCACAACCUGAUAGUCGACCUGGGAGAUCACCGAGAGGUGCUGUCCUUCGAUGUGACCCAGUCUCCAUUCUUUCCCAUUGUCCUGGGGGUUCGCUGGCUGAGCAUACAUGACCCCAACAUCACCUGGAGCACUCGGUCUAUCGUGUUCGACUCCGAAUACUGCCGAUACCACUGCCGGAUGUAUUCGUCAAUACCUCUGUCACUGCCACCAGCAGCACCCCACCGGUCACUUUAUUACCCAGUGGAUGGGUACAGAGUUUACCAACCAGUGAGAUACUACUGCGUCCAGAAUGUGUACACUCCAGUAGAUGAGCAUGUCUACCCAGAUCACCGGCUGGUUGAUCCCCACAUCGAGAUGAUCCCUGGAGCACACAGCAUUCCCAGCGGACAUUUGUAUUCAUUGUCCGAAACCGAGAUGGCAGCUCUCCGUGACUUUGUGGCCAGAAACGUGAAGGAUGGCCUGAUCACCCCAACAAUUGCACCAAAUGGAGCCCAGGUUCUCCAGGUGAAGAGGGGAUGGAAGCUGCAGGUAUCUUAUGAUUGCCGAGGUCCAAACAAUUUCACCAUCCAGCAUCAGUAUCCUUGCCUGUCUAUUCCAAAUUUAGAUGACCAAGCACACCUAGCAACAUAUACCGAAUAUGUUCCUGAAAUUCCUGGAUACCAGUCAUACCCUGCAUAUGCCACCUGCCCUACCUAUCCAGUAGGAUAUGCGUGGUACCCAGUGGGACGAGAUAGUCAAGGAAGAGCUCUCUACCUACCUGUCAUGAUCACUUGGAAUCCACACUGGUACCGUCAACCUCCAGUACCCCAGUAUCCGCCCCCACAGCCACCACCCCCACCACCACCUCCCCCACCACCUCCCUCUUACAGUACCUUGUAAAUACCUGUCAUGUUCUUCAAGGUCUCCACCCUCAAAGUUUAUUCCUGUGCAGUUUCUCAAUCAGUGACUGUGUGCAAAAUUGAGCUACUGUAUCUUAAGGUCACCUGAGGCACAUCCUCUCUGAAAGGCUACGGAAGGUCAGGGCAAUCUUGCUUGAAUUGGCACACAUCCUAAAGUAUCGACCCUCAGUAAUUCUGAGAGCAACAGAAUACCAACAAGUUGUCUCUCAGUUUUCAACCUUGACUGCCAAUUAAUAUGUUUACUGUUGCCUGGAGUUUACCUGGAUAAACCUCUGUCACAGUCUAAAUUAUAGGCUGCCAAUUUCUUUACAGAGAAGCUGAUGCACACACAGGAAAUGCUGAUUUUUUGUGGAGGUAGAGACAGGAAGGAGGAUGUGAUCUUUCUUACAGUUUCGGUCCUCUACAGUAUUGAAGACCGACGCCUUAUAAAGGAAGCCACAAUUAACUGGUGCAGUGUGGAAAGGCUUCCAUGAUUCUCUUGCUGCACCCAUAGGAACUUCACCAUCUUCAAAGUCCACUUUCAUGGUUCCUUAAUUCUCAAGGAGCAGCACCUGGACUGGUUCUCCUAGGAGCAGGUAAAACCCCUGCAACAUGGAACACCUUAGGCCUGAAAAAGAAGUGCUCUCUUAGACAGACUUGCAUGUUAAAGAACGUGCCUUCACAUCCUGGUGCAAAUCACAUGUACCCAAGAUCUCUGGCUUUGACACAACAUCUUAGCAUCACCAUGCUAGUAAUAGCUCCCAUACGGUUUUAACCAUCCUGUACCUAAUUCUUAAAAGGUACUGAUACUUCAGAAAGAAUUUUCACGAGUGCUGUCAAUUGGCUGAAUUUUUGAAGCAUCUGUCUGUGACUCUUUGCCAUAUGCAUCUGGGCAUUCCAUUCCUUCAUCAGAUGAAGCAUUAGGAUGUGUAGAGAGCGGACAUGAUUUAGCACCCAAACCUGUGCAUGGGAGCAAUUAGAGCACUGGGCACUGCCUAAAUGACCAGAGGCUGACAUGAAACUGCCAAUGGAUGAAAGGCCUCAGAAACCAACUCACAUGACUCAGUCCAGUGAUACUUCUGGUGUCUCCUGGAUGGUUUUUGCUCACCAGGGACUACCUGACUUCUUUUAGUCUGUUCCCUUGCUACUACCUUGACCCAUUUGUCUAAUCUCUCUUUCUUUAAUUCUUUACUACUGCCAUUAAUCCUGCUGCAGGAUCUGUGUCACCUUCUGCCUGGUCGCUGAGACUCCAUGCUGCUGUCAUGCAUGGAAGAAGUCUUGAGGAAGCACGUGUUUCAACACAUACAGUCUCCAAUUGCCAAAUCAAUUUGAGCAGUAGGAAAUCACAUGCUUUACAUUUCUAAUUGCCUGCCAUGGAGAGAAGUCUUCAUGGUGAAGUUUCCUCUUCCAUCAGCAUCACCUUUCACACCCUUAUGACCACUCCCCUUAUCCUUGCAUGUUUUAUCAUUCUUUACCAGUGUUUUAAAGUGGUGACUAUGCUUUCAGAAAUUUCCAUUGAAUUACAAAGUACUAUUCAAUUUUUACUUAAACUAAGUAAAGAUAACAUAGAAUAUUUCCCCACUGUGAACUUCUUACAGCACUGUGAAUGAGAAGCUUGUCAAAACUGAAGUGUUUGUAAAAUAGCUUAUCUUGUUGAUCCUCCAUCUUCAAUUUCAAUAUCAUAAAAAAUCAAUACUACCAAUUGGGCCUUUAAAAAUCACAAAAGAAUAGAAACAUUCAAAGAAGAAAUCUAGUUUGAUAUUUAAUUCAAAACAACUUUUCCUUGCUUUCUUCAGUGGAAUCAGAAAGCUUGUCAAUCACUUGUGUGUUUUAGAGUAAUUACUUUGGAAAUGGUGCAUUUGUGCUUCUGGACUAUCGUGAAGCGUCAGUUCAGUUUACCUCAGAAUCUCACUCCAGCCUCCAUCCAUUUGAAGUCAAGUCGUUUUGUGUCAGAUUUACAGUUAUCAAUUGAUCUUCGAGCUGCAGAGUGCCCAGAAAAGGGCAGUUACCUGCAGCCCUGGCAUGUGCACACGGACAUUUGCCAUCACUGCAAGCAGAAGUCUGGAGAAGUUGGCCAAGGACAGGACAGUCGGGGAGAGCAUGCUGAUGUGGGUUCUCAGCUCACAAAGUCCCUGACACAUAUUGGACUGUUUGCUAAAGCUUGUGGUUAACUUUCAGCAGUGUGUGCUAUGCUUUCUAUCUAUACUAUCUAUAAAUGUUAGGUGUUAAGGAUAAGUAAUCUUAAAUUAAUUCUAUAGUAUUGAAAUUUGUGUAAGUUUCCUUUCUCACAACUGAUUUGUUUUUGUUGAUCAAAUUUAUAUUUGGAUAAGUUUCCUUUCUCUCACCUGACUUGUUUAUGCUGAUCAAAGUUAUGUUAAUUGACUCUUUUAAGAAUUUCUUUUGGCAUUUCCAACAAAAAUGCCUUUUUUCAUAAAAAAGAAAAAAAUGUUAGAAAGGGAGCAGAAUGAAACAGAAAGGAGAUAGAUAAGACAAUUGAAUCAAGUAGAAAAAAGAUCAUAGUUGCUAGUUGAGCCUGAAGUGAAGUAGCUGAGGAUGUUGGAACAGGAAGUUUACAUACCUUUUUGAAGAGUCAAUUUAGUUUGAGCCAGGAGGUAUUUGUCUUGGGUGUUAGUAGUUUGAUUAAAUCAUGUGAAGAAAUACAGUGAGCUUGCACAACAUAAGAGGAGUACAUCUCUGUGGUGCAGCCUGGAAUUCUGUUCAAGUUUGCAGGUACCUCUUGGACUCCUGAAUUGAUCCAGCUGUCAUCCACCACAGACACCGUACGUCAGACUAGUUCCAAGAUUGGCAACAGAGAACAACCUUCUGGAAAGACCUGAGCAAUCAUGGAGGACCAUCUGAGGAAAGAAGAGCCCAGUGGGAACCAUGUUACAUUUGAUGGCACUGAAAGUUCUUUGUUGUUUCAGAUUGUAGAACACUGUUGUAUUGGUCUGUGAAACAUCGCAUUGUUUUAAUUUCUUUAUGUUAUCAGUUUAAGUAAUUGGGGAUAUAUAUUUAAGCAUAAGUAUUUUAGAGUGGGAGGGACUAUUAAGUAAUCUUAAGUGGGUGGGGUUAUUUAGAUAGUUAGGAUAGUAUUAUGUAUUAGAUAUCUCUCUAAGUGGACACAUGUACUUUCCUAUGACCCUUUACCCUGUAAUUGUUACCUUUAAGAUUCAAAUAAAUUCAGAAGGCACUGCAGGGAGUUCAACCUAUUGAGAGUUAAUUGGACAUGGAUAAAACCUUAUGGAAAGUUCAAAGAUGAUUAGAUGAAUAAUUGAGUAAAGGCCCUAGGUAUUAACUCUGGGGAUCAGAUUGUUAGCAAAACCUUGAGAGUUACAGGAUGGAUAGGUACCCUUUGAGAAAUUGUUGCCGGACUGAAUUUGAUUACAGUAGAUGGUAAAUAUUCCUGGAAGUUGUAGCAGAGUGAUGAAUAACGACCCUUGUUUCUGCCCCUGUCAGCAGCCCUCCCUCCUUCCCUAACCCUGCACUUCCUACCCCCAAUCCCUACCCCUUCUUCAAACUAUAUUGCUGUAUUCUCUUUAUAUUUCUCUGUAUUUACUAACAUUGUAUUGAUCUUAUAACAAUUCAAUAAAGAUUUAGUGGUUAGUGCAAA